AUGCGACCCGAGGUUGAGAGAAUACUUGCAAGAUCCUGGCCACUGGCAUUCUUGCCUCCUGGCAAAGCUGCCAAGCUUCCGGGCGCUGAGGGAUACAGGCCUUUUUCUAUGGAUCUGCGCAAAGUGCGAAGGUCAUGUUUGGUCUAUUUAGUCACGCUGGGCGCGGACUGGAGGGCUCUGAACAGGCGGAAGCCCUUCACUCUUUACUCAACAAAGGAGCCGGACCUUUCUUUAAACUGUGCAUUCUCUGAGGCGGGGUUGCUGCAGCUGUCUUUAUCGAGCCAGGUCCUGGCCCUCUUGACGCGACUUUCGUGCGGUCCACAGCUGUGA